GCCGCCGCUGCUGCUACCGCCGCUGCGGUCGCCACCUCCGCGGGGCGGGGAGAUGCAGCCGCCUCCGGGUCCGCCCCAGCUGUAUUCACCUACUAACGGGGACUUUACCUUCGUUUCCUCGGCCGACGCUGAAGAUCUCAGUGGUUCAAUAGCAUCCCCAGAAGUCAAACUAAACCUUGGUGGAGACUUCAUCAAAGAAUCUACAGCAACUACAUUUCUGAGACAGAGAGGCUAUGGCUGGCUCUUGGAAGUGGAAGAUGAUGACCCUGAAGAUAACAAGCCUCUUUUGGAGGAACUGGACAUUGAUCUGAAGGAUAUUUACUACAAAAUUCGAUGUGUAUUGAUGCCAAUGCCAUCACUUGGUUUUAAUAGACAAGUGGUGAGGGACAAUCCUGAUUUUUGGGGCCCUCUAGCAGUUGUUCUUUUCUUCUCAAUGAUUUCAUUAUAUGGACAGUUCAGGGUGGUUUCAUGGAUCAUAACUAUCUGGAUAUUUGGCUCCCUAACGAUUUUCUUAUUAGCCAGAGUACUUGGUGGAGAAGUUGCGUAUGGUCAAGUUCUUGGUGUCAUAGGAUAUUCGUUACUUCCCCUCAUUGUAAUAGCUCCUCUACUUCUGGUGGUUGGAUCAUUUGACGUUGUAUCAACACUAAUAAAGCUGUUUGGAGUCUUUUGGGCCGCCUACAGCGCUGCUUCCCUAUUAGUUGGUGAAGAAUUCAAGACAAAGAAGCCUCUCCUGAUUUAUCCAAUUUUUUUAUUAUACAUUUAUUUCUUGUCCUUAUAUACUGGGGUGUGAUCUGAAAAAAGUCAUUUAUGGGUAGAAAGUUAAUACAUACAUAUGCAGGCUGGAAAUUCACAUGGAAUAGAUUGGAGAAAACAUGUAGAUGGUGGAGUCUUAUAUGUUCCAGUUUUAAAGGCAGGUUUAGAAUUUAAAAACCUGCUUGUCCAUUCUAUUUAAGCAGUGUAGCUAUAUAGAUGUGUCAGAAUUCUAGAUUUUGUUUAAAAUUCUUCAUAUUUCAGUGAAUAAAAUAUAAAAGCAUUCUGUUUAUAAGAUUGUGUCAAUAUAUACCUGAAUAACUGUGCCAAAAGCACCAGAACUGGCUUAUUGUAUUACACUUGAAGGGUAAAUAUGACAAGAUCUUGAUAAUCUAAAAAUGCAAAUUUUUUUUUCAUUUAAUAAGCUGGAUUUUUUUCGCACAGCAAAUUCUUUAGGUAUAUAUAUUUAUAUAUACACAUAUAUUUAUGAAAUAAUCCUGAUUAUUCACAGAAUAUAUUUCUGUAUGACCUAAAAAAUGAAGAUAUUUUAAAUUUGAUGCUUAAAAUUUCUUUAAUUUGGCCAUUGAGUUUUAUAGGUUUAAAUUUGUUUUUUAAAUUGUACAUAACAUUUUUGUAUCUAUUGCACAGCUUUGACACUUACUUGUUAAGAAUUCUUGUUGGUAACUUCUAAAAUAAUUUUAGUAGUUACUACAAUAGAUUGAGUUUGUGCUUUUAAAAACCAUUUUUGAAUAUCCAGAAAUCUGAUUUAAAGUUCCUAUUUAUAUUUCUGACCAAAGGAGCAAAGAAAUGUAUUGUGUAUGACAUUUAUUAAAAUUGUUAAUAUUAGGAAAACAGUAUAUUUACAAGAUUAGUAAAUAAUUUUAAAGUGUCAAUCUUAAGUUUGACAGUAAAAUGGUUAGGUUUUUUUAGUCAUUAAAAAUUGAAGGUGGCAGAGAGAAGCUUGAAAUUCACAUAUUAAAUUGUUAUUUGAAAUAGAAAAAAAAAUAAAAUGUUUCCCAACUGUG